AUGGGAGGUGGGAUCACAAAUCAAGAUUUGGCUUUUUCUUCCAAAUCUAUGGACCCUUCUAAAUUGAAGAAAAGGCUUUAUCAAGUUUGGAAGGGUCGCAACAAAUUUCUCUGUGGAGGAAGAUUGAUCUUUGGUCCCGACGCAGCAUCACUGUACUUAUCGACAUUUCUGAUAGGGGCUCCUGCAUUGACAUUUUGCAUAAAAAUGCUAUUGAUGAUACCAAAAGUCAGUCCAAUAUAUGGUCAUGUUGUACUAAUUGUGGGACUCAUCAUCACAGUUUUGGCAUUGAGUUUUCUCCUCAUGACAUCUUCAAGCAAUCCAGGAAUAGUUCCUAGGAACUCGCGGCCACCUGACUUGGAUGAAAUAUUGAAUGCAAGUUCAGCAUCUAUGGAGUGGGUAAACAAUGCAGCCCCUGAUGUGAAGUUACCAAGAACAAAGGACAUUUUUAUCAAUGGUCAUUCAGUAAAAGUCAAGUUUUGUGACACAUGUUUGCUAUAUCGUCCACCACGUGCUUCUCAUUGCUCGAUUUGUAACAAUUGUGUUCAGAGAUUUGAUCACCACUGUCCAUGGGUGGGUCAGUGUAUUGGAGUUCGCAAUUAUCGGUGCUUUAUCCUUUUCAUAACAUCAACAACAACUUUGUGCAUAUAUGUGUUCACAUUUUCGCUGCUAAACCUUCUUGGACAACCAGGGAGCUUUUUGCAUGCCAUGUCAAGGGAUGUUGUAUCUGUGGUUUUGAUAUGCUAUUGCUUCAUAGCUGUAUGGUUUGUCGGAGGGCUAAGCGUCUUCCAUUUUUACCUAAUGUCAACCAACCAGACAACGUAUGAAAACUUCAGAUAUCGUUAUGAAAAGAAAGAGAACCCAUACAGCCGUGGCAUUUUGAAGAAUCUCAAGGAAAUCUUAUGCUCUAAGGUCCCCGUUUCAUUGGUCAACUUUCGCGAGUGGGUGAUUGAAGAAGACGAUUCAAGUAUGAGGUCCAUGUCCAUGAGUCAUAGAUUUGGUUCAAUCAACUCUAAAGGGAAGUUUGAUUUAGAGAUGGGAGGCAUACUUGGAAAAGAUGCUACUUUCCAAGUGGAUUAUGGUGGCAUUGAUGAAUCUUUAAAGAAGACGAGGAGCGAUAAUGCAAAUUUUGAUCCUCUUUUCUUUCCCGAUGAUCAAGAUGCAGAGUCAACACAUUCAAAUGAACAAAGAACAGUCAAAGAUGGCAGAACUGAUGAAGGAAGCAACCGCGGAUCUUCAUAG